GGCGAUGGGAGCGGCGGCCCCGCCGCCAAUCUGCUGCCCCCCACCUUCGGCCGCAUGCUGCGCGCGGAGCUCGGCGAGGAGGCCGUGCACCACUCCGCGCGCCUGUUCUGCGACCUGCUGCGCGGCCAGGCGGCGCCCGCGAUCGCGCCCGCCCUCGGCGACCUCGUCGGCCUCGCCGUGGCGUGGCUGCGGCGCAAGACCCUCUUCGGGCUCCGCCUCGCCCUCCUCUCCUUCCUCGCGCAGGCCGUGCUCGCGCUCGGCGCGGAAGCGACGCUCGGCAGGCUCGCCGCUGACGAGGCCGCGAGGCUUCCCCGACGAGGUCGGCCCGAGCUCGACGGAGGCGACACCCAGCCCGCGGUGCCGCUGGUGCUCCGCGCGUGGGUCGAUGCCAUCCCGGACACCGCACAGCCGCCGGCGCGGCGGGAGCUGCUCGUCCUGCCGCUCUUGGUGCGCGCGUUCCAGCUGCUGGCGCGCGAGCUCGCCUGUCCUCCUGCCUCCGGCGCGGAAGGGCGAAAGGCGCGGCUGGCGUCGUCGGCUUGGGGCGCACUGGGCGGCUACGGCGUCGGCGAGAGCGACGAGAGCGACGCCCUCAACCUUGGAGCGGAGUCGGCGUCUUUUGUGCGGUCGGUUGCGGCACAGCUUGGCCAGGGCCAGUUCGAGCAGCUCUGCGCACAACUGUCGAGCGCCGAUGAGCGGAGGGCGGCGCAUUUUGGAUACCGCGAGUCGGUGUGCCCGGUGCCGAGCCGCGAGCGGUGGAGCCUCGGGUGCUUUUACGCUUUUGAUGGGGUCAGCGAGAGUACCACCUUUACCACUUUGGUCCUCUCGUAG